GUACUCGUAGGAGCCCACCUGACAGAGGACAGUUUGACGAACGAUCAGGGGAAAGUGGUCACCGGCUGCUUUAUGUGACAACGUUACAGAAACAGACAGGCUGUGUUUUUCUCAACAUGCUUUACCAUCUCUGAGACGUCUGUGUUUUGCAGGUUGCGCUGCAUGUUGGUACGGACUGCCCGGCGGCUCCCUCUCACCGUCCUCGACCCCCGCCGGCUGCGUCCGACCCUCUCGCGCUCAGCGAAACAGGUUUUUUGGAGGAGUGCCGCCAGCUGCGCUUCUGGGAGGAGGCGGGUCUCCAUGGAUCCCCAGGUCACCGCCACUGACCCCUCGUGCACGCCGGCUGAGUCUCCGGCGGGCGGGAACGGCUCGGCCGCAACGCGUGGCGCAGAGAGACCGUCUGCUGUGGACCUGUUACCCGGAGAGACCGUUGUCAGAGAGGGAAAGGCUGCCAUCUUGUUUCCUGAUGCCAACGAGGUGUUCUACAACCCCGUCCAGGAGUUUAACAGGGAUCUAACAUGUGCUGUGAUCACGGAGUUUGCUCGAGAACUGAUGGCCCAGCGUGGGGUGAAGGUGCUCGUCCCGGGGGAGAAAGAGAGAGUGGUGGUCUCUCUGUCGGAGGAGACGAACGAGGCCGACGUGCCGGCAGCGGAGGAAAACGGCGCAGGAGAGCCCGAAGUUACUGCGAGAGUGGGGGAAAAAUGCGAGAAAGGUCUUCGUGUCCUGGAGGGCCUCGCAGCUUCGGGUUUGCGCUCGGUGCGUUUUGCUCUGGAGGUGCCCGGCCUGCAGAGUGUCACCGCCAACGACUUCUCCGUCAAGGCGGCGGCGCUGAUCGGGCGCAACGCCCAGUACAACGGAGUCGACCACCUGCUGCAGGCCAGCUGCAGGGAUGCAAGCAUGUUAAUGUACGAAAUGCGAGGGAAGAAGGAGCGAUACGACGUUAUUGACCUGGAUCCCUACGGAAGCCCUGCAGCGUUCCUGGAUGCGGCCGUGCAGGCUGUCAGUGAAGGAGGUCUGCUGUGCGUUACCUGCACAGACAUGGCCGUGAUGGCGGGAAACAACGGAGAAACCUGCUACAGCAAAUACGGCUCAGUCUCCAUCAAGGCCAAAUACUGUCACGAGAUGGCUCUUCGUAUCAUCCUGCACAGUUUGGACCAGCGGGCAGGAGUGUACCAGCGCUACAUCCAGCCGCUGCUGUCCAUCAGCGCCGACUUUUACAUUCGGGUCUUUGUAAGAGUCUUCACAGGACAGGCUACUGUCAAAAACUCCGUUAGUAAGCAGGCCUUGGUGUACAACUGUGUCGGCUGUGGCUCCUUCCACUUGCAGAGAAUGGGCAGAAGGAUGAGCCACGGAAAGCACAUGAAGUAUUCUGCAGCCACGGGACCCCCGGUUGGACCGGAUUGUGAGCACUGUGGACAGAGGCACCAGCUGGGUGGUCCAAUCUGGGCCGAAGCCAUCCACGACCUGGAGUUUGUUCAGAAGGUUCUAGCUGCCGUGUCGGGGAACCCGUCCAGAUUUGGAACGUCCAAGCGCAUUGAGGGCAUGCUCAGCAUGGUGACUGAGGAGCUGGAAGACGUGCCUCUUUACUACACGGUGGACAGCCUGAGCAGCACGAUACACUGCAAUACUCCCUCCCUGCUCCAGUUCAGGUCUGCCCUCCUUCACGCUGGUCACAAGGUUUCUCUGUCUCACGCUUGUAAAAACGGAGUUAAGACAGACGCGCCUCCUGGAGUCAUCUGGGACAUCAUGCGCUGCUGGGAGAAAACAAAUCCUGUAAAGAGGGAGAAACUGUCUCAGACCAGUCCUGCGUUCAAGAUCCUGUCCUCCGAACCAAGGCUGGAAGCCUGCUUCACAGUAAGAGAGGAUGCUAACCCUCAGUCUCGGAAACGUCAUUUGACCCGGUUCCAGGAGAACCCACAGGCCUUCUGGGGCCCCAAAGCUCGGGCCAAAACAGGUGGUGGAAUCACUCCAAACCUGCAGGACAAGAGGAAGAAGUACCAGAACAAAAGAAAGAACCAAAUCACAGACUCUUCACAGUUGAAGAACUUUCCCUGCAAGAAGUUCAAACAGGGAACUUGCACGCAUGGAGACGACUGCUGCUACUCCCACGACGCGGAGCAGAAGUGUGAUUAGAAAAUGGAAUGGGUCCUAGUUAUUUUUGUUUUUAAUUUUGAGGAUUUUUUUAGUUUUUUUUGUUUAAAUGGUCUGGUGGAGUCCGGACACCAUGAGGUUAGAUUGUUUUGGACCUCUGAAAGUGAAUGGAAAGAAUCUCGUCAGUUUUAUGUCAAGGAUUUAUUUUUAAAACAUGUAUUCCAUUCAAACGAAGUCAUUGCUUUGACUUAAAAUGAAACCACAAGAACCUGCUGCGUGUGUGCAAAAGUAACAGGUCUCACGGAACUGUAAGUUACAGAUGCAUUUCUGCAAUUAUUAAAUUCUGUAAAUAGC